UGCCACCUGUCAGUGUCCAUCAAUGCCACCUGUCAGUGCCCAGCAAUGCCACCUGUCAGUGCCCAGCAAUGCCACAUGCCAGUGCCCAUCAGUGCCACCUAUCAGUGUGAGUCAGCACCACCUAUCAGUGCCAGUCAGUGCUGCCAAUCAGAGCCACCUCAGUGCCUAUCAGUGCCACCUAUCAGUGCUAGUCAGUGCCGCGCCUAUCAGUGUGCAUCAGUGCCCAUCAGUCCCACCUAUCAGUUGCCGCCUAUCAGCGCCUGUCAGUGCCACCUAUCAGUGCCGCUUAACA